AGCCCACGCGAGUUUCCCCGCAGGGUCGCUUACGGGACGUCCGCUUCUGACACACGCACGUGCGCGCGCUCUGCAAACUCCCCGCCCCUUUCGAACUCGCACCAUUUAAGAAAAUUCGCGGUGGAGAGUCAGACUGCAUCCUUCUGAUACCCACCAAAACCCCUGAACUCUGCAGCGAGAUGUGCUCGGAUGGAGAACGCGCGGCGCUGGGCAGCUCGGGAAACGGCAAGCUGCGCCAGUGGCUCAUCGAGCAGGUGGACACCGGGAAAUACCCGGGACUCGUGUGGGAGAACGAGGAGAAGAGUGUGUUCCGGAUCCCGUGGAAGCACGCGGGGAAACAGGACUACAACCGGGACGAGGACGCAGCACUCUUCAAGGCUUGGGCGCUGUUUAAAGGCAAAUACCGGGAGGGCAUCGACAAACCAGACCCCCCCACGUGGAAAACGCGUCUCCGUUGCGCGCUUAACAAGAGCAACGACUUCGAGGAGCUGCUGGAUCGCAGUCAGCUCGACAUUUCGGACCCUUAUAAAGUUUACCGGAUUGUUCCCGAGGGCGCCAAAAAAGCCUCCAGAUCUCUAGAGGAUACGACAUCAAACCCAAGCCCUCCGAGUUAUCCACUACAUGCUUCCUAUGCGCCCCUGCAGAGUCAGGUCUGUGGCUUCAUUUCUCCAGCAGAGAGGAGUUGGAGGGAUUACCUCUCAGAAAAGCCCCCUAUGGCUGACAUCCCUUACAACCAAAAUCCAUACACCUCUCGAUGGGAUACAGGAUACCAGUUCAGUGGCUCCUUCUAUAGCUGCAGUGCCUCAGAGCCUCUGCCGUCUGCUUUUACACUAGAUGCCAGCAUGAAGUCAGCAGAGGCCAUGGCCCUCUCAGAUUACCGGCUCCAUGUGGCAGUAUAUUUCCGGGAUGCCCUUGUGCGGGAGGUGACUGUGAGCAGUCUAGAAGGUUGUGUUCUGGGUGUGAGCAAAGAUGGUUUGCCAUAUGGAGUCUCUCAAGGUCCGGAGCUUGUGGAGCUUCCACAGAUUGAACACAGCUCUCUGGAACAUGGGGUUCUGUUGUGGAUGGCACCAGAUGGGCUGUAUGCUCGCCGCUGCUGCCCCUGCAGGGUGUACUGGGAGGGAGGGCACUCUUCGCCCAACAACAAACCCAACAAACUACAGAGGGAUCAGACGUGCAAACUGCUGGACACUCAGCAAUUCAUCACAGAGUUACAGAGCUAUGCUCGGCACAUACGUCCUCCACCCAUGUCCCAGGUGCUCCUGUUCUUUGACGAAGACAGCACAGAGCCCCAGAGACCAGGAAGGACCCUCACUGUUCAGGUGGAGCCUCUCUUUGCUCGACAGCUUCUCUAUUUUACCCACUCAAGCAGCAUGAACUAUAUCCGCAGCCACAGCCUUUCACCUCUGAGCCCAGAGCACACAAUUCCCCCAAGUCAGGACUUCCACAGAGUCAUCAGCCAUCACCACAGCAACAGUCUGUAAAAUUUAGCUUCACCUGGGACAGCUAGCAUCGGGCAAGUCGAACUGAAGCACGGACAAAGGUGGACACAACAAAUGCACUGUCAUGGCUCAUAAGUGAUGAUGACAGAGUAUCAACAUUAUCAACUAUUUUCUCCGAACCCACUCAAGCAGUUGGACUUGUGUUCGCAGAAUGGACAAAAAAAAUUGCACUUUGCAUAUGUCUGAUGAGCCCUUUGCAUUCUUUUUCUUAGCAAUUUAUAGUUCUUUAACAUCAUCUCAGGGAACUGUAGUGCAACAGUAUUAAAAUUGUUAUGACCAAAGUCUGAUUUCAUUGUUGUUUAUAUAUAUAUAUACAUGUGCUUCCGCAUACCUGUGAGACAUCUGAAAAGAGAUCGAUUGAUCACUCAGGUUGUUGGAUGAUAGCAUUUUAUAUCAUACAUGCUGCUAUUCGGAACAAGAAAAGUGUAAGCAAUGUGUGCUGUGUGUGAAUGCAUACAUGAGCACACAGGAAAUGUGGUUUGUGAGACAGGAUGGUGAUGGUUGAUAGACCUGCAGACUGAUGACAUCACGCAGGAUGAGGUGGAUUUUUAACGUAAAUAAGUUUUUUCUGACAAUAGUUUAGUCCCCAGAAAGGAAAUUAUGUGUAUCCAGUCAUUAUUCCACUUCCUAAAAAUAACAACUGACACAUUUGAUUGAACUUAAAACCAUCAGGCCUUAGGACUAGGUUAAAAAAAAAAAAAAAGCUCUGUUUAUGAACCAGGUUAUUCAGUAUAUUUUGUCCUAGAAUAUUAGGUCCGUCUAUUGUGUGCCUAUAUUCACUGGCCAUUUUAUCAACACCUUCCAUAUUGCUGCUAUUUUGUAGGUAUAUAAUUACUGACUGUAGCAAGUAUGUUGCUCUGCAGCCCCCUCUAACCACCUAUCAAAGGCAAGGGACCAACAAUGCCUUGGUAGUGUGUGUUGCACUGAUAUGAAUGAUAUGAAUGUAUUUGGGGCAGUACUGUAACCUGCUUCCACUUACUGGCCAUUUCAUUAGACAUAUACAGAUAUUUUUUCCAUGCACAGUUGAUGCCAGUUGUCUUCUAGCCCUUAAUAUGAUAGUAAUAUGAUAAGUAUGAUAGGUUUACCUGAUAGGUAGAUAUACCUAAUAAACUGGCAAUAACACUAAAUAGAUUGAAAUGAAAAUUUUAGAAGAAAACUAUGAAUUUGAAAAGAAUACUGGUCACUAGUAAUGUUCCAGAAUGCUCAGUGUAUUUACUAGGAGAUCUUACUGAUGUGAUCUGAAAUAACUGGUCCUUUUAUGGCUGCUGCUGGUUCUUGCAUCCUUUGCGUAAAUUCAAGAGAAAUGGAGUUCAGUGUAGACGAGCCAUAUUCUUUAUAACUUUACCAUAAACAAUUUUUUUGCACACAUAAAAUUGCUUUACAAUCUUAGAUCCCACCAAAAAAAAAAAAACGAGAAAACCCCCCAUAAAACUAAUAAAGACAUUAACAAAAUUCAAACCCCAAAAUAUCUCCUUAAGAACUUAACUGAGCCUUAUAUUAGAACUACAUCUUAAUUCAGAAAGAACCAUUUACACUGAAAUGGUUAAGGAAUAAAUAAUAAGCACAAGUAUAUCUUAAUAUUUGAUAUACUUGAUAUAUUAUCUGUAAUCUACAUCCCCUUUGUGGGGAUUAUACAGAACUGUGUAAACAUGCUUGGAUCGACUUCCUUCUGCCUACGUAUAAUGGAAAGACAAAAUCAGAAAAACUUCCCUUAACACCUUACCCUACACCCACUAAGUUACCUGAAACCACACAGAGCUUUGAAGAAGUCAAAUUUCAUUCAAGCUGUUCCUUUAAAUAGGACCAUGUUAUGUAGGUGAGCACUAAUUAUAGAAAAGUAAAUAAACAAAUCUGACUUGUAGCAUUGAGAAAAGGAGAUGGAAUGUAAUUUCACAGAACAUUUGCAGUUCCAGUAAGUAGAUGUCAUAAAAACAUAAACAGGAAAGUGCCAUCCAACUUGUCAUUAGCUUUGAAUGAAAUUAUUUUCAUCAAAUGGCACACUUUUGUGAUCACUGGUGACUAAUCACAGGGUUUUUGAAAUUUUCUUUUAUUUUUCCUGUGAGGAGGAUUUCUUCCCCCAAACUAACAUGCUUCUAAACAUAUUCAUCUAAGGUUUAAACAUCAAUACCUUCCAAUUUCAGGCUGUCAAAAUGCUACACUCAACACAACAUGUGGCAGAUAACCGAAAUAACAUUCAUUAUUUAGCAAAACUGAUUAUGAACAUCUCAGUACUAUUACCCUGAAAUAAUUUUAAAAGUCAUUAAUGGGUUAAAAAAAAUUAUUGGCAAGCUCUGAAUGAAUAAAUUAAUUCUCUGAAUGGAAAAAAAAAAAAAGAAUUUCGAAUGAACUGUUUUUCUAGUAAGAUGACAAAGGCUAAUCAAAUAGCAAUUCUGUAUUUUACCCUUUUAAAGCUGUACAUUUUAAACGAACAAUUUCUUUAUUUCUCAUUCACAGCUCAGCUGAUCAACAGACAUCUACCUCAGUUUUGAUUUCAGUUAGGAAAUCCUUGCCUCAGUGAUAGAGUAUGAAUCCCAUAUGCUGGGGAGGGACAGGGUGUGAGGCUUUCUGUAUGAUACCAGACAGGGUGUGUACCCGUACUCACCAGACAGGGUGUGUGUGUGUGUGUGUGUGUGUGUGUGUGCGUUGAUGGUGGAGGCAGGAUAGAUGAGUAAAGUUCAACUAUACAUAAUCUUAUUCACAGAAAUUGACUAAUAUCAGGCAAUUUUAUUAAUAUAACAAACGUAAUAAUUAGUUUUACUUAAUUACUUAAUUUUAAUAUAUCUCUACAAUCAAUUCCAGAAUUACUGGCUCCACAGCCCUCCCUGGGAAGAUUAACAUAACUGCUCCUGUUACUGAAAUGUAA